UGAAGCAGAAUGGGACGGCGAUGCAGACACAGAGAUGGAUGAUCGAGCAAAUCCUCUGCAGAGAGAACACUCCCUGCGUGUGGUUCUUCCUGGGGGGCUGGAGAAGAAUGCCACUGUUCAUGGAAGUAAACCGGUGAUGGAUCUGUUGGUGACGCUGUGUGCCGGCUACCACCUCAACCCCUCCGACUACACGGUGGAGUUUCUGUCCACCAACAAGAACAACAUCAGCUUCAAACCGAAUUCACCCAUCGGUCUGCUGGAGGCCGAGAAGAUGGUGCUAAAGCCCAAAGCCACCGAGGAGAAAACCAAGAAACCGUACAUGCCUGAGGCAACAGUCCGCCUGUUGAUCAACUACAACAAGUCCCACAAGACGGUGGUGCGGGUCAGCCCCAAUCUGCCUCUGGAGAUGCUGCUUCCAGCCGUGUGUGACAAGUGCGAGUUUCACGUAGAAACGACCGUCCUGUUCAGAGACUGUCAGUCCAGAGAGCCACUGGACCUGAGGCGGAGCUUAAACGAUCACGCCCUGAGGGAGCUGUAUGCUGAGGACACGGCCUUAAAGGACCCCACCGUCCCAGAAGUCAGGCCGUCUGAGGCUCGUAUGUCAGAAGAGGCGCACACAAAAGACGUCCUGAAGAAGGAAAACAAACAGAAGAAAAGAGGAUUCUUCAGCCUUUUCCGGAGGAAGAAGAAGAAACAUCAGCCGAAGGGAACGGCGAGCGCUCCAGCGUCUCCCAGCCUCUGCAGAAACGUGGAGAGAGGCUCAGAGUGCAACUCUCUGCCUCCAAACUCGUCCAAGAAGAGGCGGGCGCCCCCACCGCCAAUGUUAGCCUCUCAGAGCGUCCCAGGGAGCCUCAGCAACUGCAGCCAGCGAGCGGCGCAGAUGUCGGCAGAAUCAAACUUAAGAAGUACCAAGAGGAGAGCUCCCCCUCCCCCAACGUGUGUGAACGCAGAAGUCGGAGACUCCCUUUGCCCUCUAGAGGAGAUGAAAGAUGUUGAGCAGUCUCCCAGAGUGAACUCCUCAUCCCGAUCUUCAUCCCCUCCUGGUCGUCGGCCUUCUCCGUGCUCGUCGUUCCCUCUGUCCCCUGAAGACUCUAAGCUCCACCCACCUUCCUUUCUGGGCAAAGACUUAUCGGACGCUCGCUCGGCUCUCGCCAAAGUCCUGACGUCCUCGGUGUCUAAAGGCACACUUGCCAAACGUCUGAGGAAUUCCGCCUCCUUCCCGAAAUUCAACGUCUCGUCCUGCAUAUCCGUGGAUUCCGACCGACGGGAGGACAAGGACGCCGGCGGGGAGCCAGAGUCUGUCCUGGAUUUGAACCUUCCGACUGAGAGUGAGGACAUUCAGAGGAGAGGGAUGACGACGUUUACAGUGGUUCCCACCAAGAAGCUGACCGACGUUCCAGAGAAACCGGCUGAGGAAGAGCGUGUGAAUGAGGAAGUGGAAGAGAAUCCAGUUCCUCCUGAGGGAGCAGAAAACGAGAACUCAGAAGAUCACUGUCGGCAAACUCCACUGGACGAUACCUCAACUUCUCCCCCAUCUCUGAAGGAUUCAGACGGUCAGAACUCCCCAGAGAAACCCUCAUCUGAGGCUGAUGAGGAGGAAGCAGAGGUCAUAGAACCACCGUCAGACCUCAAAGAGGGAGAAAACCUCAAUAGGAUUGCAGAAAAUCAGGAGGAAAUCCCUCAAAGCCUCUCCCCCGACCCCUGUAUUCCAUGUGAGGAGACAACUGUUGUACAACAGGAAGAGGAAGUCGGAUUCCCUCCUCCUCCUCCUCCCGUCUUCUUUAAAGAAGACGGCGAGGUACCAGAGCGAGAAGCUUCACUAGCUUCAGCCCGGAACGAGCGCACAGAAGAAUCCAGCCAGGAUCCUUCAGGCGUCUCGGCCGCGCCCGGACCGUCCCCGGAGAAGAGGACCUCGGCUCCGUCCAGGUUCGCCGAGGCGGUGGCCAUGGCCGUCAACCGCUCCCGCCUGCAGAGCCUUAGCAGAAUUCCAGAGGUUUCCGGUGAUCCGAACGCCGCUUCAGCCAGGUCCACAUAUCAGUACGGUGCCUGAGCUGCGGUCACACACCUGAACAUGGACGUUCAGGCUUCAGGAUUUCUCUACAAACUGCAUCAGUUUCAACUGCAUUCUGUUUCCUUCAUGUUCAGCCUUUUCCUGAGUUCUUCAUUUACCUUUUGUAGAAGAUCUGCUGCCUGUGUGCCAAUGCAAACGCUUUGUGAAUAACAGAAGACGUGACCUGCAGGAAAUAAUAUUUUGUUUUAUUUUUGUGCCAGGAUUUGCUUUAUAUAGUUAAAUUAAAAUCUAGAGAGAAUCUAGAGCUGGAAGUUUAGUUGUUGUCCAGUAGGUGGCAGUACAGUUUCACUUUUAAAACAGUAUUUAUUUUGCUGCUUGAACUUACAUUUUAAUUCAGUGAAUUUUUAAGAGAUGUAUAUUUUUUUUGUAUUUUUUCAUAGUCAUGAAUGAGAUGAAUGGAUGAUCCUCGUGCCGCCUCUGAGGAUUUCAUCGUGAACUCAUGAAUUAUUGAAUGUAGACAUCAGAAUUCCUUACAUUUCUGUGUAAAAAAGAUACGUUUUUGGAGAUUGUAUGCCAAACAUCUCCUCAAUAAACUCAGUCCACUCUCCUCA